AUGUCGAGCGAGACGAAGAGUGCAGCUUCUGCCUCCAACUUUGAGGUCGACCCCCAUGAACACUCGAGCCAAUCUCACCUUCGGGCGACACGUCUAGUUGAUGGUGUUAGAGUCAGUCUGACAGCCCUCGGACUGCUCCUAGGCCUCACGGUUCUUGGUACAUCCGGCAACACCUUGUCAGUGUACAAUACGACAUCUGUCCCUACGAACAACCUGCUGCCUUUAUGGCCAGACGAGUUCGAUCUUCGGCCAACAGUUGCACUGGUUGUCGGUAGUGCUAUUGUCGUAUUCGCAAGCAUUCUCUCUCUGAUUACCAGCAAGGUGCCCAAGCUCCGAAGCCGAAGCCCGGUGCAUACGCCUGUGAGCCUCGGUGCUCCAUUCCUCGGAUUCGCUGCUGCGAUGAUUGCAAUGAUUUUCUUCUACGCAGUCAAUUCUUCCACUACUGUCGACACAUUGCAGAGCUGGAGCUGUCAAUGGGAAUCCGUCGGCAUGGACAUGCAACCGUACUUCGGCACACUCUGCCGCGAAAGCAAGACAGCGCUCUAUCUAUCUGUAAUCCUGGUACCCGUAGAGGCCGUAAUUUUGUCCUUCGCUGCGUACCAGACGACCCUAGAGCGUAAAGCAGUGUUCAUCGCGCAGCCAAGAAAGCAAGGAAGCCCAGUUCCUUCAGCAUAA